AUGGAGGCCAUGUAUCUGUCUCUACUGAUGGAGGCCAUUGAAUGUUUGUCACUGUUGGGCGACCUACACUCUGUACGUGACUGGUCAUCAUCGUCUUCAGGUUACUUCAGCGGUGUUGGAACUUCUGAAGUUAGCAUCAAAGAGCGAGCAGCCUUAAAUGCUUCACUUUGCGAUGAUGACAGUGAUGAUGACAGUUGCUGGGGCGAGGAUGAAUGGCCCUUGGCUCGUCCUCUGCCUCUUCCUGAGUGGGGAUGUGAACGUCCAGAAGUUAACUUCAGUUGUCUCCAGGAAUAUCAAAGAUUUCUGGCGCGGGUUACCUAUCACCUGCACCGUGCACUCUCGUCUCUACCCUAUGACACUAUUUCAAACUUUAUCACCUUUGCUAAGAAGUACUUGAAUUGUAGAGAAGACUACCCAGAGCUACUGGAAUUCUACCGUGACUAUGACCCGCCUCUCCUAACAGGCAGAUACACUUGUGUGGGCCUCGCCACAGACCUUGCCACAAGGCUCUCUGUUCUUGAAGCACACUAUCCCGGCCUGAAGGAUGCUACUUACCCUGUUUCCUGCGAAGAGGAGGUUCAGAACUUGGAGUGGUAUGGAGCCCUGAAGGAGCCUCCAGUGAACAAGUGUGUAAAGGAGCACGUGUUGCUAUGCGUGAGGAUCCGUGUUGGGGGUCGUGCUGGGGUACUGCUCUUCGACCCCGGCUACCACGUUGGGGAACCCAUCACUGUCAUGGAGGACGGUUUACCACCUCAAUCAGGCAUCCUUAAGGGCUGUACAACGCGCACGGAUGUUCGCCGAACCUUCCAAUAUAACUUCUGGUCUGAAAAUCCAUCUUUCGUGGCUUGGCAUGUGGUAGAAGAAAGAGAAGGGAUAACAAAGCAAAUUAAAAGUUUGAUCCACGUUUCCAGGCCCUUCCUUUCUGGUUUAGAUAUUGCCGAACGUCGAAAUCUUCUAGAGCCAUUCAAGUCUCUGUUGGGACGAGACUGUAAAGGGAACCUAAUCUGCGGCCUCUACUUACCCCUGAGGGUGCAGCACACUACAGUAACAUUCUUCUACAAAGUUGAGGGAUCAAUGAGACAUUUCAAACAGCCAUUGAGUUAUUUCUUGGAUGAUGUCAGGAAGGAUGAAAUAGAAGAGGCUGUUGGUACAGUAGCGGCAGGAGUAGGUAGAGGAGUGUGUGACCUGCGAAGUACCUUGGUAACUUUGGCUCGUCUGAUGCACGAUGAAGGCCUAGUGAAGCAGGUGCUGGAACUGAACUCCGCCAUAGAAGAGAUAAACCAAGAAUAAUCUAGAAUACGCCGGUAUCUGUUCGGAACACUUAACAUUAGCCUCUGGAAGGCUGGUUAUUAUGGUAUUUUAAGACUACAUGUUUUAAUCAUUGCAUAUUUUUCAAAAUUGAGUUCUUUUUAGACAUUUAAAUAAAUUUUUAAAUAAAAA